AACCGCCUGGGCGCCAUGGCAACGGGGGAUGCCCCCAGCCCUCCCGCCAAGUCACCCCCCUCUUCCGCGCCGGGCCCGCCAGGAGAGAGCGGGGUCCAGGCAGCCCGCGGUCCCUCGCCUCCCCGCCGCCGAGCAGAGGAGAGGCGGAUUUCGGCGGAUGCGCGAAAGGCCGCGGGGAGGCGGGAAGACGGGCCCUCGGCCGGGCCCAGGCGCGGGGUUUCCCGCCAGGCGCCGCGCCCGGAAGGCGGCGCCCAUUGGCCGGCGGGAGGGACGCCCCCUCGGCUGGCUUCAGCGCCGGGCGCGGCCGAGAAGACGGAAGGGGCGGGCUGCUGCAGGAGCGUUUCCGGCUGCGUGGGGCGGGCGCGUGGAGCCUUUUCGUCGGGAGCCGCCAUGGUGCAGCUGCACGUGCUGUUCGAGCACGCGGCGGGCUACGCGCUCUUCGCGGUGCGGCCGACGGAGGAGGUGUCGCUGCUGCAGCCGACAGUGGCGGAGGACGCGCUGAGCCUGGGCCGCUUCCUGGCCCUGGUGCGCCUCGAGACCUUCUCGCCCUUCCGCUCGGCCCAGGCCGCGCUGGAGAACAUAAACGCCGUCUCGGAGGGGCUGCUGCACGAGGACCUGCGGCUGCUGCUGGAGACGAGCCUGCCGGCCAAGCGGAAGAAGCUCCUGCUGGGCGUCGGCGACCCCAAGAUCGGCGCGGCCAUCCAGGAGGAGCUGGGCUGCCCGUGCCAGGCGGGGGGCGUCGUGGCCGAGCUCUCGCGAGGGAUCCGGCUGCACUUCCACAACCUGGUCAAGGGCCUGAGCGCCCAGGCCGCCUCCAAGGCCCAGCUGGGGCUGGGGCACAGCUACUCGCGGGCCAAGGUGAAGUUCAACGUCAACCGGGUGGACAACAUGAUCAUCCAGUCCAUCAGCCUCCUGGACCAGCUGGACAAGGACGUCAACACCUUCUCUAUGCGGGUCAGAGAAUGGUACGGCUAUCACUUUCCAGAGCUGAUCAAGAUUGUGAGCGACAACUACACCUACUGCCGCUUGGCCAAGCUGAUCGGGAACCGCAAGGAACUGAGUGAGGAGAGCCUGGAGGCCUUGGAGGAGGUCGUCAUGGACAGCGCCAAGGCUCAAGCCGUUCUGGACGCCUCCCGCUCUUCCAUGGGAAUGGACAUCUCACCCAUUGACCUCAUCAACAUCGAGAGCUUUUCCAGCCGGGUCAUCUCCCUUUCCGAGUAUCGCAAAGGCUUGCAGGAGUAUCUCCGCUCCAAAAUGAACCAGGUGGCUCCCAGCCUCUCAGCCUUAAUUGGAGAAGUGGUGGGGGCUCGGCUCAUUUCUCACGCAGGCAGCUUGACCAACCUGGCCAAGUACCCAGCCUCAACAGUUCAGAUCCUGGGGGCGGAGAAGGCCCUGUUCAGGGCCCUGAAGACCCGGGGGAACACCCCCAAGUACGGCCUGAUAUUUCACUCCACCUUCAUCGGGCGAGCAGCGGCCAAGAACAAGGGGCGCAUCUCUCGCUACCUGGCCAACAAGUGCACCAUCGCAUCCCGCAUCGACUGCUUCUCAGAAGUCCCAACUUCUGUCUUUGGGGACAAGCUGCGAGAGCAGGUGGAAGAGCGCCUGGCCUUCUAUGAAACCGGGGAGGUCCCUCGCAAGAACCUGGAGGUCAUGAAAGAGGCAGUGGUGGAGGCUUCAGAAGCAGCAGCUGAAAUCAAAAGAAAGUUGGAGAAGAAGCAACGGAAGAAGCAGAAGCAGGAGAAGAAGCGCCUGGAGGCCUUGGCAGCAGCCACAGAAGCAGCAGAGAUGCAGAACAUGCAGAACUCGGCCCUGGAGUCUCCCGGACAGGAGAACGAGGUGAAGCCCAAGAAGAAGAAAAGGAAGCCCCAAGAGGUGGAGGCAGAGCCGGCCGACAACGGCCUGGCAGACAAAGAAGCGCCGUCGCCCAAGAAGAAGAAGAAGAACCGGCAGUUGCCGCUGGUGGCAAAGGCCCCCCCGGCCCCCCAGGGGAAGAAGACAAAAAAGAGGAAGGCCAAGGCAGAAGAGGACGACGACGACUAGUGUGGAGGAAUCCAGCCGAUGAUGUGAAGUCCGUCCGGUUUUGCUUGUUUGAAUGAAGUUUGGGAUUUGUUUUCGCACAACCCAGAACUCUCAAGACUGCAGGCCCAGCGGACUGCCGCAAGAGGCUCUGCCUGGGCUCUGGGGGGGCAAGGCAGCCAUGAACGGCUGGGCUUCUUCCAAAAGGCAGAGGAGAGAAGAAGCAGGUCAGGCUGUGGCCGCCGUGCUGCCCCCCCCCCCCCAUUGGGGACGGGGCAAGCAGAAAUGCCCAUGGCAGAAGCAGACUAUAAACCUGAACGCUCUUUAUCCCACAUGACAUAAUAAAAUGUACUUUUUAUACAGCA